UUUAUUCCUGUUGUGUGACCUCAAGGCUCAAAGUGAUCAGAUGGGACUCAUGUCUGACCAAAUUUUGACAACACACACGACAUCUACGAGGUGGGGAUAAAACUAAAGCAGUAGAAACUCUUACAUAUAUACCCCAUUAUUCGAACUCAUACUCAUAAACAGAGAUCUGCAAAUUAUUCCCACAUCACAAAUGGCUGCUGUCAUUCAGUUGCAAAGACAAUUACUUGACUACACUACCUCCUUGUACAACGAGGCCUAUUUGGAUGGUCAGUUCACACAGCUUCAGCAGCUCCAAGAUGAAAGCAACCCAGAUUUUGUGGUUGAAGUUGUAUCUCUUUUCUUCGAAGAUUCUCAGAGGCUUCUUGAUGAUUUAACCGCUACUUUGAAUCAGCAAGUUGUGGACUUUAAAAGGGUUGAUGCCCAUGUUCAUCAGUUGAAAGGUAGCAGCUCCAGCAUUGGAGCACAAAGAGUUCAGAGGGCUUGCAUCGUCUUCCGCAAUUAUUGCGAACAACAGAAUACAGAAGGGUGUUUAAAAUGCUUACAACAAGUGAAGAAUGAGUAUUAUUUGGUGAAGAACAAGCUUGAAACCCUGUUCAAGCUAGAGCAACAACUUGUGGCUGCUGGUGGAUCAAUUCCUAUGCAGUGAAAUUCAAUGAGCAUUUUCAUCUGAUGUAGUUAUCUUUGUCUUAUUGUCAUCUUUGUGCUUGCGGGUUAAGUAUGUUGUUAAGAAUUAUUCAAGGGCUUUUUUAUAAUCUUCUGAGCUUUGUAUUUAACAUUGUACUGUGAUAUUCCCUAUGUAAUGAGCAGUGAAAGAGAAUUUCAAUAAAGCCCUCAACUUUUUACUCUA